AUGUUCACAUUGGAUAGCCAAAUAGAAAUGGCGAGGAAACCAACUAUGUCAAUGGACGAUACCCAGAAACUUCAGCAGUUCUUUGUGGCGACUUUACUGUUUGCACUUUUCUUUUGGUGUUGGGCCCUGAAAAACACAAUAGAAAAAGAUUUUGACUUGGGAGUAGUCUCUUUUGCCACAGUUGUGGUUUCAUCGGGCUAUAUGCUGUGCAUCAUUAUGGGGAACGGAUGGAACUCCACCACACCUUCAAAACUCUGCAAAACGCUGACAAUCUGCUCCCAUGUGUUCGUGGCAGUAAACUACUUUUUGGGAACUUGCAUAGCGUUUGGAGUCCUGUCUAGAUUUGGAUUUGGGUUUUACUGCCUGAUAUUCACUUUCCUGUGGCUUGGAAGUGCCUACUUCUGCAACAAACUGAUGAACUCUGUGGACGCGAACGCAGCAUUUGGAGAAACGCUGCCUGUGAGCAUCCCGCCUGUUAGCUAG